UGAUUAUGGAAAAAUCAUGUUCAUUCAUAAUUUUCAUUUUAAAAGUGUAUUCAUUCCUUCUGCAAAUCCAUACUGUCAUGCCUAUUCCCAAUAUCGUCAACGCGGAUAGUUCGUUAGUCGAAAAUACUGAAUAAUUAAACAAACCAAAUGGCAUCACUGGUGGUUCUUUUUUCCACUCCGCUAAACUGUCAUCUCAAACAAAAACAAAUGGAUCAUACAACUGCUAUGAAUACAUUCGACUCGUUCGCUUCCAUCAAUCGGUAAGUGAGAAAGAUGAUUUCUCCCAUCAGCACAGUGCGGAUUUCCACUUUUAUCACAGCAGCCAACAACAUCCGUUUUCCUGCAGCAGUAACCUCCAACCCCUGUUGGCAAUGUCGGGGGACAGCAUUAACAGCAGCAGCAGCAGAAUUUGACCAUGGUAUGGUAUUGCGAGGAACUUUUCCCAUUAGAGGUUCCGUGCUUCGCGCACAUUCAAAAAUCCUCUUCAGACACGAAAACUCAACGACAAGGAGGUAUUUAUCACUGAAUUACCACCCCGGAGGAACCCGAAUGCACUGAUUCCGUAGUAUAGUAGAAUGAAAAUAGGCGAGGUUAGCGAACGUAGUCGCAUGAUAUUUUAAUGUUCGCAUUUUUAUCCGGAUCAUACAACUGCUAUGAAUACAUCCGACUCAAUCAAUCGGCGAGUGAGAAAGAUGAUUUCCCUCAUCACCACAUUGCUUAUUUCCACUUCUGUCACACCAGCCAACAGCAUCAGCUUUCCCGCAGCAGUAUCCUUUAAGUCCAGGGUGCUAUUCCGGGGAAUAGCAUCAACAGCAACAGCAGCAGGACCUGGCCAUCGAUAGAAUUUCGAGCAAUUUUCCCCAUCGGAGAUCCCGUGCUUCACGCACAUUGAAGAAUCCUCCUCAGCCACAUAUCUGUGUCAUCAAGGGCAAGGAGGUAUUCAUCAAUGUACUCAGUCGGAUUUGAAUCGUCUAUCCAGACAACCCGGAUGCACCGAUUCCAUUAUAUACCUUAUUUUUAUUAUACAUGGUUUUUUAUUAUUUUUCUUCAAUAAAAUGAUUAAAAUCGAUCAAUGUAUUUCCUUUUCAUUUUCAAUAACAAACCAAUACAAACAAGCGGCAAGCAGUGCUGGAAGCAGCGCUGCAAGCAGGUCGACGCCUUGCACAUGUUGGCGAAAAAGUGGCGUCAAGUUGUUCGAUGAAUGCAUAUGAAAGGUCGAUAACUCGAUUGCAAGGUGGCAGCAUUUGAGGUCGAUUGUUGACAUUUCAUCGACCCGAUCUUGGCAGGCAAAACGGAAUGUGGGAAGUAUUCGAUUAAUCGAUUAAUCGAACGAUAAUCGGGGAUCACUAGCGAUGAGCUCCAAUGAUUCGCUCUGCAUCGCAUCACACCGCACCGCGUUUACUAUGUCCUCGGCCGCAAUGUCGUCAACGCGAAUAGGCAUUGCCAAAUCGCGUAAUUUCGAGCAAAACGCAUAAAAAAAUCACGAAAUUAAAAAAGAAUGCGUUAAAAUAACACGUAGAAAAAAUCGCGUAAAAAAGAAUUCAGUGCAUUCGAAUUCAGCAGAAUAAAAUUAAGGUUUUUCUUUCCCAAAAUCAAAAUCAAAAAUGUAUCAGUGAAAAAUUAUCUAUUUUUGAAAUAUUAUUAUUUUUAUCGUGCACAACACAUGUACCCUUGAUCUACGACAUUGUUGUUGCCAAGCAACAGACAUCAACGGAACCAACUCAUUCUUCGGUCACUGGCUAUCGGCAUUUUUUUGCUGUCUUUGCAUUCUGUCUGUUGAAGUGGAAAAAUGGCUGCUACGACCAGCGCCGUUCAGCCGAUCGAGGAAAACUUUUCCAAAGAUUGUUCUGGUAAGCUUUGGUGGUUGUUGAUAAGAAGAAAUAAAACAGAGCAAGAAAGAACAUUUUCUCUUUCCACAGCCCAGGAGGAGUGCCAGGUGAAGUGCGCUAACUGUGAUCAGAUUUUUUCACCGGACAGCUUCGAAGAACACGUUUGCGAGUAUGAUGAGAGCAAAAAGCUCAUCGAACCUUGGGGUGCACUCUCCAGUCAUCCGUGUUUCCGGUUGCUGGAGGAAAAUAUGGCGCAAUGGAAAAAGCUACUCAGAAAAGGGAAACAUGAUCAUCCUGAGGAAGGCAAACCAAAGCGUAAGAUAACUGCUCCCAAGCUCAGUCUACGGGAAAUGCAUGGAUGCUCUUUCUGUACUCGAAAGUUUGUGCAUGAAUCUGGCCUCACGAAACAUAUGGUCAUAUGCCAUCCGGAUAAACAGCUAUCACUUGCCACGAAGCAGAACGAUGGUAAGAAGAAACCAUACGAACCAUUCAAGGUGUGCCUGAAAUGUCUCCAUUGCGGCAUAAUAUUUGGAUCGCUUAAUACAAUGAUGGAGCAUCUGGAUACGGUGCACUGGGAGUAUGAGCUGGAAGCGACAAACGGAAUUUAUAUGGAUGGCGACAAGAUUCGGCUACGUCAGGCGUUCCGUAUUGUAAUACUGUCUACGAUUUUUCAGUGUGAAUUCUGUGAGAAAUAUUUCUCAGAUUUGCCCGCUUUAUAUCGGCAUGAAUCAUUGCAUGACCCAAAAAUGGGCUACGAAUGUACGCUAUGUGAGAUUAGGGUAUCCACCGUUGAGGUUCUUUUGUACCAUAGGCUUAACGAAUGUAUGUUCAGGAAAGCAUGGAAAGCGGAAUUCGGUGAUUUAUGCCGAUAUUUCUCCUGUAACGUUUGUGAUGAGCAAUUUGAAAAUUUGCCAUCGCUGUAUGAACAUCGAUAUGGGAACUAUCACUUAUUUCCACGUCUUUCGCGCGUAAGUGGCAAAGAUUCGUUGUACGCAUUCAAAACAGGAUGCGAAGUAUGUGGAACAACUUUUGACAACGCCGAGUUGAUUUUCUCUCAUUUCACCGAGGAGCACGCUCAGAACAAGCGUAGCGCCCCAAGAACCAAACGUCCACGGAUCGAUACGUCCAUGGCAACGAUAACGAAGCCAUCGUGUUCUUCGACUAGGCCAUACCUUUGCGAACUUUGUGGUAAAACAUACACACAAUCCAGCCAUCUUUGGCAACAUUUGCGUUUCCAUAACGGUGUUCGUCCGUUCACCUGUCCGGAAGUUGGCUGCAAUCGUAGCUUUACCAUUCGACCCGACUUGAAGGAUCACAUCCGCAAGUGCCACACCGGAGAACGACCGUACCAUUGCACACUUUGCGACAAGCGUUUCCUAACCGGAUCGGUAUACUAUCAACACCGUCUCAUUCACCGGGGCGAACGUCGUUAUGGCUGUGAUGAAUGUGAGAAGCGUUUUUAUCGGGCAGAUGCUUUGAAAAAUCAUCAAAGAAUCCACACGGGUGAGAAACCAUUUGCCUGUACCCAUUGUCCGAAAAUGUUCCGUCAACGGGGUGAUCGCGAUAAGCACAUCCGUGUGAAACAUACGAUGAUCAGAUCGGUUGAUCAAGGAACCACAUUGACUAAUCGGAAGAAGGAAAGAGAACUUUCUUCACGGCCGAAAAAAACUCGAAGGCUACAGGCGAAGCAUCCUGAUGCAGAAAAUAUGCCCCAGGCCUCAGACUCGUCGGUGGUUUACAUCGGCGAUGUGCGACUUGAUGAUGCUCUUUUCCAACCGAUUCUGAAUGAUAUCGAGAUACUAUGAAAUGCUAUCAUACGUUGAUUAAUGAACUACAUUUUUGGAGUGAAAAUAUAAAAAAAUAUUUUGAGAAAAUCAAUUGCAUUUUGUUUUACAUAAUACGAAGGAAGGUGGAAGGUAUUGAAUUAGAGAGACUUUAAACUCUGAGAGUUCAUUCGUCUCUACAUAAUACGAGUUCAAUUUUCUCUUUAACUAUUAAAAACAUCGCUUUUCGGUUUAAUUGUUUUUAUGAUAAACUAGCCGACUCGAAAUUGAUUGAAGAUUCAAGUUUUCUUACUAAGUAAACGUUCUCCUCAUUGAUCGAUCUUCUGAGGAGGUGAUGUGACCCAGUCGUGACCACAAGCUUUUCUGAAUUCCUUUUAGCAAACUCGUUAUAUUGGAGAAUGCUUUAAGCUAGAAAUUUUAUUCAAUAAUUAUUAUGACAUUAUGUUUUUCGUAUGUAAACUCUCAUUUAUAGCCCUCUUUAUUUAUUUCGCUAUCUGUGUCGGACUGUUGUGCAAUGUUUACUACUUUUAUCUGUUUCAAUGUAAUUACAUGUUAUUUUCCGGGUUUGGUGUAAUUCAAUGUUAUUUGUACUUACAAUUAGUUUAAUUUGUUAAUUUAAAUAAGGUUUCAAUAUUCAAUUAUCGUAAAUUCUCUAUUCAGCUUCCACGUUAUUGAUCCUUCUAUUGUUUUGUGUUUGUUUACGUUUUCUAUCAGUCCCUAUUGGUCUAUUUCUAUUGGUUGUGUGAAUAUGACAAUUGUCAACUGCUCUUCGGAAGAUUCCUUUUCGGCAACUAAACGGUUGACAGGGUGGUCAGGCUAAUCGGUUUCCCCAACAAUCCCAGUAUUGCUGGACAUCUCUUCCAGCUGUACCAUCAUUUAGCACCUCAAGCACUGCUAGUCCAGUAACCGGACUGUGUAGCACGCCAUUUACCGUCUGAACAUUCGCACUCCGAAUUCAGCCGUCCUUUCCCUUGUAGACCGCGAAUGCUUUCAUGUCCACCACAAACAGUUGACGUUGAUACAGUCCCCAAUCCAAUUUUAUGUUGGCUGGCAAUUUGUCCACCAGCUCUUCGAGUAGAGUAGGGUUCGACAAAUGGGCUUUCAUUCUCAUCGAUUGGAGAUGACUGCAUAGGUUCUGUACGACGAGUCCGAAAUUUACUAAGCUUUCCAAGCUAUCCGCUUUGGGAGCAGCCGUAGAUUGAACCUUAUUGAGAAACCACCUAACUAUCAAUUCCGGAUGACCGUAACGAGUGUACAGCGUCGCCAUUAUCUGCGGCACGGACCACGGAUGAAGUAGGUGACAUCGAACAGCUUUCCGUGGUUUAUCCUUGAAGCAACGUUGAAUUGUAGAUUAACGAUGGUGCAGGAAAAUGAUUGGUUAAACUAUCAACCACAGAAGUGCUAGCUACUUGGCCGUCAUCCUGGUUCGGGGCAGACGUUCGUUUGGGUAGUGAUCCAGUUAAUGACAUGGUUCCGGUGGGAAUUUCAUUGUUUCCGAUGCCGGCGACCAUGGUCAACUCAUCCUGUUACGGACACUUCGUUUUUUCAAAAAUUAAAAAAAUAUACAACAAAAAAGACGUCUCGGACGAUAUCGGACGAUCCCUUCCUCGGGUUUCGCAAUUACCAACACAUUUGACGAUCCAUCUUUAUUUAUACAGGCAAACCUUUUUUGUGCGGGGAAUAGGGACCGCACAAAAAAAAUCGCAUAAAAAAAUCGUGCAAAACUUCACCAGUAGCUUCAAAAAUCCUGUUCCCUCCCAGCUGUUUGAUGGGAGGAGGGGAAUGAUUUCAGAAUUGGACAAUUGAGGCGCAAAUAUGCUUUUUUCGCACUGAAAUGCAUGUAAACCAUCGAAAAAAACUAAAUGGACGAUGACUUCGUCAAAUGUGCUUCUUUUCAUAUACCGCACAAAAACAGGUUUUACUGUAUAGAUAUAUCUUUAAUCAUAGCAGUC